GAAAAAAAUAGGAUUUGAGAUGGUUUUCUUUUUCCGCUGCCAAUUUGAAGAGCGCUAAAAAACUCUCUCUACACACUCCGAACCCACAAAGCUCACACUUUCCAAAAGCAAAAAAUUACACACAACAGAUUAUCACUAUCUCUCGAUUUAUAUUACAAGGCAAAUGCUCAUAAAUUCACCUCCUCCAUCAAAUCUCGAAAGCAAAAACUGGGUUUGCAUUUGGCAUCAAGAAUUUCGCCCAGCUCUUGAUAGCAGGGAUCUCUGCAGGUUGUUUUUGUUCGUCGAGGGUUUUGAGAUAUAUGUGCUGUAUGUGUGUUGCUGUAUAGUUGUAUAAAUAAAGCAUGGCGCUGGUCACCACUGCACAAUCGAUAAGAUACAUGCCAGCAGGACCUGCUGCUGGCACUGGCGACUUGGAUUCUCUCAACCGUGUCCUGGCUGACCUAUGUGCCCGCGGAAUUCCCAAGGACGGGGCUGCUUUGGCGUUGAGAAGACACGUGGAAGAAGGAGCUCGUGACCUUAGCGGUGAAGCAUUCUCCCGUUUUAUGGAUCAGCUGUAUGAUCGUAUCACGAGUCUCUUGGAGAGCAAUGAUGUUUCUGAAAAUUUGGGUGCUUUGAGGGCCAUUGAUGAGCUUAUAGAUGUAGCAAUCGAGGAGAAUGCUGUGAAUGUUUCAAAGAUUGCAACUUACAUGCGAACAGCAUUCGAGGCCAAACGUGAACCUGAAACGUUGGUAGUUGCCAGUAAAGUUCUGGGGCACUUAGCCAGGGCAGGUGGAGCAAUGACAGCAGAUGAAGUGGAGCGGCUGGUAAAAAUUGCACUGGAUUGGCUUGGUGGGGAAAGAAUUGAAUACCGGCGUUUAGCUGCGGUUUUAAUUUUAAAAGAAAUGGCUGAGAAUGCUUCAACAGUUUUCAACGUGCAUGUUCCUGAGUUUGUGGAAGCUAUUUGGGUUGCUCUGAGAGAUCCAAAGUUGAACAUUCGGGAGAGAGCUGUGGAGGCAUUGCGUGCCUGCCUUUGGGUCAUAGAGAAGCGUGAAACUCGAUGGCGUGUGCAGUGGUUGACAUUGAAUAGGAGUCCUUCAUCACCGGUAGGAAUACUUAAUAGUUGCUUUUUCCUUGUUAUAAGAUUUGAAAAUGGAUACUGUAAGAUAACUGCGUCUGUUGCUAUUAGAAGGUAUUGUGUGAACUUCUGUAUUAAGUUGGUCUGGUGUUCUUGCUUUGGUGUUGACAUUGUUAAGAGUGUGGAGUGUCAGUCUUAUACGAUGGUGAUUUCUGGUGCUUAUUACUUUUUUUUUCAAGACUUUUGUUCUGAAUCCUUCUCAGCUAAUCUUACUUUGGAACAAUAUUUGCUGCCUGAUGUCGAUGGCAGUUGGGGAACUGCUGAGGUGGGUUCGAUGAUACUUUUUCAACCUGCUUUAGAUUGUCAUGUGAAGUAUUAUACACUGGCAACUGACAAGAAUACAGGUGAGUUCAUGAUGUCUCGAUAUAGAGAAGUUGCUGAGAUUGUCCUUCGGUAUCUAGAGCAUCGUGAUCGGCUUGUCCGUCUCAGCAUAACUUCUUUGCUUCCUCGAAUUGCCUAUUUCCUACGGGACCGUUUUGUGACGAACUAUCUGACGAUUUGCAUGAAGCAUAUAUUUCAUGUUCUUAAACUACCUGCGGAAGCUGCUAGCGGGUUCAUUGCUCUUGGGGAAAUGUCUGGUGCAUUGGAUGGUGAACUCUUCAAUUAUUUGCCGACAAUAACAUCUCACUUGCGUGAUGCUAUUGCUCCUCGUAGAGGGCAACCCUCUAUGGAGGCUUUAGCGUGCGUUGGUAAUCUUGCAAAAGCUAUGGGACCUUCUAUGGAGCCUCACGUACGAAGUCUCCUGGAUUCAAUGUUUUCUAUUGGAUUAUCCUCCACUUUAGUGGAAGCCCUUGAGCACAUAACUGCCAGCAUUCCAACCUUGCUUCCGACCAUUCAAGAACGCUUGCUUGAUUGCAUUUCUGGAGUUUUUUCUCGAAACCAAGAAGUUCAGUCAAGGCCUUCUAAUGCCAUUACUCGGACUGCUAGCUCAGUGGCUAUGUUGCAAGUAUCAGAACUCUAUGGUUCAGCUCUUGUUCAACUUGCUUUACAGACUCUUGCGCGUUUCAAUUUUAAGGAUCGGGAUCUUCUUGAGUUCGCGAGAGAGUUAGUUGUGCCCUAUCUAGAAGAUGAUGAUGGGGGUACAAGAAAAGAUGCUGCCUUGUGUUGCUGCAAACUAAUGGAAAAUUCCUUAUUUGGCGUCUUGUCGGUUCAGUUUACUUCUCAUAGAAAAACUCGCUCUGGUGGAAGAAGGCGUCGCCUCAUUGAGGAGAUUGUGGAAAAACUUCUCAUUGCAGCUGUUGCUGAUGCUGAUGUUGCGGUUCGACUAUCUAUAUUUUCUUCUUUGCAUGAGACUGGGGGAUUCGAUGAUUAUUUGGCGCAGGCCGAUUGUUUGACAGCAAUGUUUGCUGCUUUAAAUGAUGAGGAUUUCGCAGUUCGGGAAAUUGCUAUAUCACUGGCUGGAAGACUAUCUGCAAAGAAUCCAGCAUAUGUUCUUCCAGCUCUUCGUCGCCAUCUUAUUCAAUUGUUAACUUACCUAAAACAAAGUGCUGAUAACAAAUGCAGAGAGGAAAGUGCGAAAUUGUUGGGAUGCUUAAUUCGUAAUUGUGAGAGAUUGAUACUACCGUAUAUUUCUCCAAUACACAAGGCCCUCAUUACAAAACUCAAUGAGGGAACUGGGGUGAGUGUCAAUAACGGCAUUAUAACUGGAGUUCUGGUAACUGUUGGAGAUCUCACCAGAGUAGGUGGAUUUGCAAUGAGACAGUAUAUUCCAGAGUUGAUGCCCUUAAUUGUCGAAGCUUUAUUAGAUAGUGCAGCUGCCAUGAAACGUGAAGUGGCAGUUACCACUCUAGGUCAAGUGGUACAAAGCACGGGUUAUGUUAUCACCCCAUAUAAUGAGUAUCCUCAACUGCUUGGGUUGCUUCUUAAAUUGCUUAAUGGUGAGUUGGCAUGGUCUACCAGACGUGAAGUUUUGAAGGUCCUUGGCAUAAUGGGUGCUUUAGAUCCACACGUGCAUAAGCGCAAUCAACUGAAUUUACCAGGCUCCCAUGGAGAAGUUACUCGCGCAGCUUGUGAUCCUAGUCAGCAUACCAGGUCAUCAAUGGAUGAAGUACCUGUGGAUCUUUGGCCAUCCUUCGCGACAUCAGAAGACUACUACUCCACUGUUGCUAUUAGUUGUCUGAUGCGAAUUUUUAGAGAUUCUUCACUUUCUAGUUACCAUCAAAAGGUGGUUGGAUCUCUAAUAUUCAUUUUCAAGGCAAUGAAUCUUGGUUGUGUUCCUUACUUACCCAAGGUUCUGCCUGAACUUCUUCAUACUGUUCGUUCGUGUGAUGAUAAUAAUCUUAAGGAAUAUAUUACAUGGAAACUUGGAACACUCGUUUCUAUUGUUCGCCAGCAUAUUCGGAAAUAUCUUCCAGAUUUGUUCUCUCUAAUAUCAGAGUUAUGGUCGUCAUUCAAUUUGCCUGCUGCUAACAGACCAGUCCAUGGAUCUCCGGUUCUCCAUCUGCUCGAGCAACUUUGCUUGGCUCUUAAUGACGAAUUUAGAACACAUCUCCCAUUUAUUCUUCCAUUCUGCAUUCAAGUACUAAGUGAUGCUGAGAGGUUUAAAGACACUUAUGUUGUUGACAUUCUCCAUACUCUUGAAGUUUUUGGCGGAACAUUGGAUGAUCAUAUGCAUCUUCUUCUUCCUGCACUCAUUCGAAUCUUUAAGUUGGAUGCUUCUGUAGAAGUACGGCGUGCUGCUAUUAGAACUCUUACUAAGUUGAUUCCCCGUGUACAGGUGUCAGGUCAUAUAUCUGCUCUUGUACAUCACUUGAAGCUUGUCUUGGACGGGAAUAAUGAUGAACUCAGGAAGGAUGCUGUUGAUGCACUUUGUUGUCUUGGUCAUGCCUUUGGGGAAGACUUCACUAUUUUCAUCCCUUCCAUCCAUAAGCUUUUGUCAAAACAUUGCAUGCGGCAUAAGGAUUUUGAAGAAAUUGAAGAUCGCAUCAGAAGAAGGGCACCAUUGAUCUUAGUGACGGUUGCUCAGGAACAAACUUGUGAAUUUCCUGGAGAAGUUAUUAGCGAUCCUUUGAAUGAUACAGAGGAUCCAGAAAGUAGAGUUAAUGAGGGCCGGAUACGUUCUGCAGGGGAAGCCUCUCAACGUAGUACGAGAGAGGACUGGGCAGAGUGGAUGAGACAUUUUAGCAUUGAACUAUUGAAGGAAUCACCUGCACCUGCGCUGAGAACAUGUGCCAAGCUUGCCCAACUCCAACCUUUUGUUGGACGGGAGUUGUUCGCAGUUGGUUUUGUCAGUUGCUGGACAGAGCUGAGCGAGCCUUGCCGAAGGCAGCUAGUGCGAAGUUUGGAAAUGGCAUUUUCAUCUCCAAACAUACCUCCUGAAAUUCUUGCCACACUUUUGAACUUGGCUGAGUUUAUGGAGCACGAUGAGAGACCCCUUCCCAUUGAUAUACGUCUAUUGGGUGCCCUUGCAGAAAAGUGUCGUGCAUUUGCAAAGGCUCUGCACUAUAAAGAGAUGGAAUUUGAAGGUGCAUGCUCAAAUAUGAUGGAUGGCAACCCUGUUGCUGUAGUCGAAGCUCUUAUUCAUAUCAAUAAUCAAUUGCACCAACAUGAGGCGGCAGUUGGAAUAUUGACAUACUCUCAACAACAUUUGAGUGUUCAACUGAAGGAAUCAUGGUAUGAGAAACUACAGAGAUGGGAUGAUGCUCUUAAAGCCUACACUGUCAAAGCCUCUCAAGUAUCAAGCCGACAUCUUAUUCUGGAAGCAACACUAGGACAAAUGAGAUGCCUUGCUGCACUUGCUAGAUGGGAAGAGCUCAACAAUCUCUGCAAGGAGUAUUGGGCACCUGCUGAACCAGCUGCUAGACUGGAAAUGGCCCCAAUGGCUGCUAGUGCUGCUUGGAACAUGGGUGAAUGGGAUCAAAUGGCAGAGUAUGUUUACCGAUUGGAUGAUGGAGAUGAAAACAAGCUUGGAGUUUUGGGUAAUACUGCUGCUACAGGUGAUGGGAGCAGUAUUGGGACUUUCUUCAGGGCUGUCUUAUUAGUUCGUAGGGGGAAGUAUGAUGAGGCACGUGAGUAUGUUGAAAGAGCAAGGAAAUGCCUGUGUACAGAAGUGGCUGCUUUGGUUCUUGAAAGCUAUGAACGUGCAUACAGCAAUAUGGUCCGCGUUCAGCAGCUAUCAGAAUUGGAGGAGGUCAUUGAUUACUGUACACUUCCUGCCGAAAACCCUGUUUCUGAAGGGCGAAGGGCUCUCAUUCGUAAUAUGUGGAGAGAACGGAUAAGAGGUGCAAAACGACAAGUUGAGGUUUGGCAAGCCCUUUUGUCUGUCAGGUCACUUGUGCUUCCACCUACAGAAGAUGUAGAGACAUGGAUAAAGUUUGCCUCUCUUUGCCGUAAAAGUGGCAGAAUAAACCAAGCUAGAUCAACUUUGACUGAAGUCUUACAGUUUGAUCCAGAAUCAACCCCUGAAACUGAACGAUAUCUUGGGGACCCUCAAGUUAUUCUAGCUUAUUUGAAAUAUCAAUGGUCACUCGGGGAGGAUCAUAGACGUAAAGAAGCUUUCGCAAGACUAAAGGAUUUAGCCGUUGACUUCCCAAGAAUGCCUGGUUUUCAACAAUCCAUGCAGUCCGGAUUAAUGGGUACCUCGAAAAUUCUCAAUGCAUUACGUAAUGCAACUCACUGUGCAACAACUUGGGCAAAAGCUUGGCACAAUUGGGCACUUUUCAAUACGGCAGUUAUGUCUCAUUACACUUUGAGAGGUCAUCCGAGCGUUGCUGGGCAGUUUGUUGUCUCUGCUGUCACUGGAUAUUUUCAUUCUAUAGCUUGUGGGGCCCAUGCUAAAGGAGUGGAUGAUAGUUUACAGGAUAUCCUUCGUCUCCUGACUCUGUGGUUCAACCAUGGAGCCACAUCAGAAGUUCAGGUGGCACUACAGAGAGGAUUUUCACUAGUAAAUAUAAACACAUGGUUGGUUGUUUUGCCCCAAAUAAUUGCCAGGAUACAUUCUAAUAACCGUGCAGUCAGAGAAUUGAUACAAGCACUGUUGGUACGAAUUGGCCAGAGCCAUCCACAGGCUCUUAUGUACCCUCUUCUUGUGGCCUGCAAAUCUAUUAGCACUUUACGGAAGGAGGCAGCUCAAGAAGUGGUUGAUCAAGUUAGGCAGCACAGUGGGGUGCUAGUGGACGAGGCCCAACUUGUAUCUACGGAGUUGGUUCGAGUUGCUAUACUUUUGCUUGAAAUGUGGCAUGAAGGAUUAGAAGAGGCAAGCCGCUUAUAUUUUGGCGAACGUAACGUUGAGGCAAUGAUGACUGUUUUAGAGCCAUUGCACCAAAUGCUCGAGGAAUGUGCAAUGAGGAACAAUAACACCAUAAACGAGAGAUCCUUCAUUCAGCAAUACCGUCGAGAACUUUUGGAUGCUCACGCAAGCUGCAUCAGAUACAGAAGGACUGGAAAAGAUGCGGAAUUAACUCAGUCCAUGUCUCCAGAAUUGUUGCUGUGCCGUGAUCUAAAACUUGCUGUCCCUGGAACUUAUAAACCAGAUUCUCAUGUGGUGACUAUCGGAUCAUUUGCUCCCCAGCUUACUGUCAUCACUUCCAAGCAACGGCCUCGUAAGUUGACAAUACAUGGAAGUGAUGGGGAAGAAUAUGCUUUCUUGUUGAAGGGGCAUGAAGAUUUACGUCAGGAUGAGCGUGUGAUGCAGCUUUUCGGUUUAGUAAAUACGCUGCUGGCAAAUUCUAGAAAAACUGCCGAGAAGGAUCUGUCCAUCCAAAGAUAUGAGGUCAUUCCACUAUCUCCAAACAGUGGCCUCAUAGAAUGGGUCCCAAAUUGUGAUACAUUGCACCAUCUCAUUCGUGAGUACCGAGAUGCCAGAAAGAUCAGCUUAAACCAUGAACAUAGGCUAAUGAUUGGUUUUGCUUCUGAUUAUGAUCGCUUGCCUGUUAUAUCAAAACUCGAGGUGUUUGAGUACGCCUUGGAAAAUACAGAAGGAAAUGACCUUUCAAGGGUGCUCUGGCUAAAGAGUCGCACUUCAGAGAUCUGGUUAGACAGGAGGACCAACUACACAAGAAGCUUGGCUGUUAUGAGUAUGGUCGGCUACUUGCUUGGCCUGGGCGAUCGGCAUCCAAGCAACCUCAUGCUGCACCGUUACAGUGGGAAGAUAUUGCAUAUUGAUUUUGGAGAUUGCUUCGAAGCUUCGAUGAACCGCGAGAAAUUCCCUGAGAAGGUCCCUUUCCGUCUGACUAGAAUGCUUGUUAAAGCAAUGGAGGUCAGCGGUAUUGAAGGAAACUUCCGCUCGACCUGCGAAAGUGUCAUGCAGGUUUUGCGCACAAAUAAAGACAGCGUGAUGGCAAUGAUGGAGGCUUUUGUGCACGACCCGCUGAUAAACUGGCGCUUGUUUAACUUCAAUGAAGUUCCAGAAGUGCCUACUCUUGCCCAGCCCACUGCGAAUGGUGAGGACUCAAGUCCUACCAUUGAGAUGAUUCAGCCACAACGGGUCGUUCGUGAGAGGGAGCUUCUUGAGGCUGUGAAUCAACUGGGUGAUGCCAAUGAAGUUCUGAACGAACGAGCGGUUGUUGUUAUGGCACGGAUGAGCAAUAAACUUACUGGAAGGGAUUUCUCUUCAUUCUCAUCGAGCUCCGUGCAGAGUUAUCUGGAUCAACAAAGUAGUUUGGUCCCUGGAGAUGCUGCUCAUGAGGCCGAACAUGGAUUGUCUGUGAAGGUGCAAGUUCAGAAGCUUAUACUCCAAGCAACAUCACAUGAGAAUUUGUGCCAAAAUUAUGUUGGGUGGUGUCCUUUCUGGUAACUCCGCGGAAUCUCCAGUUGUUGAUGUGUGCAAUAUUUUCUGCUCUUUCUAUCCUUUCAAUCUGUGAAUGUGUGAAAAAUUCUGCUUUAACUAAAUUAUGAUUUUCCGGCUUGGCCCUUGUUCAGGGUGUUCAGUUACUUUGUAAAUAACUUUAUGCCAUUUUCAUCCAAAUUUUGGUUUGCUUGUUUGUUGUGACCUCUGUACAUACAAUUGUGUGUGUGUGUAUAUUUGUANGGGGUUUAAGGUAGUUAUUUGUUGCAA